AUGAUUGCUACUGGUACGAAUAUGAUGCACCCCAGUUUUUCAACUGCUUCCCUUUAUGUUGGAGAUUUGAAUGAAGAUGUUACAGAAGCUGUAUUAUAUGAAAUAUUUAACACCGUUGGUCAUGUGUCUUCUAUAAGAGUAUGUCGUGAUAGUGUAACAAGAAAAUCAUUAGGUUAUGCAUAUGUGAAUUAUCAUAACUUAGCUGAUGCAGAGAGAGCUUUAGAUACCCUUAACUAUACAAAUAUAAAAGGGCAACCAGCAAGAUUAAUGUGGAGUCAUAGAGAUCCAUCCUUAAGAAAGAGUGGAACAGGAAAUAUUUUUGUAAAGAAUUUGGAUAAAUCAAUAGAUAAUAAAGCAUUGUUUGAUACAUUUAGUAUGUUUGGAAAUAUAUUAUCAUGUAAGGUUGCAACUGAUGAAUUUGGUAAAAGUAAAAGCUAUGGUUUUGUACAUUAUGAAGAUGAAGAAAGUGCAAAAGAAGCUAUUGAAAAAGUGAAUGGUGUUCAAUUAGGAUCAAAAAAUGUUUAUGUAGGACCAUUUAUUAAGAAAUCUGAAAGAGCAACCAAUGAUACCAAAUUUACUAAUUUGUAUGUUAAGAAUUUUCCUGACAGUGUUACUGAGACUCAUUUAAGACAAUUAUUUAAUCCAUAUGGUGAAAUAACAUCUAUGAUUGUUAAAAUGGAUAAUAAGAACAGAAAGUUCUGUUUUAUUAAUUAUGCUGAUGCAGAAAGUGCAAAGAAUGCUAUGGACAAUUUGAAUGGAAAGAAAAUUACAGAUGAUGGACAAAUAGAUGAAACCUAUGAUCCUAAAAAAGAGGAAGCUUCUGCAUCUACAAGUGGAGCAGCAAAUCAAACAACAGGAACAGAUGCUGAUAAGACAGAUAAAAAUGAAAAGGGCGACAGUUCAAAUGCAAAUAAUAAUGCAACAACGGCAGGUGCAACUACGAAUGAUGCUACCACAACACCAGGAGAAACCACAACUGCAACAGCUAAUGCUGAUUCAACAGGUGCUAAUAAUACUAGUGGUUCAUCUCCAAAUACUAAUACAACAACAGGUAGUAGUAAUAAUUCUAUUAACUUAAAUGAAAAUAAUAAUAAUGCUGCUGGUACUAAUAAUAAUACUUCUAACAACAACAAUAAUACUACUAGUGGUAGCAGUAUGAAUAAUGUUGGAAGUUCUAAGAAAGACGAAACUGCCGCAUCGGAUUGUGCAGAUACACCAAAUAUUUUAUAUGUUGGUCCACAUCAAUCAAGAGCUAGAAGACAUGCAAUAUUAAAAGCUAAAUUUGACAAUUUAAAUGUAGAGAAUAAGAAUAAACACCAAGGUGUGAAUUUAUAUAUAAAAAAUUUGGAUGAUGGAAUUGAUGAUAUAAUGUUAAGAGAAUUAUUUGAACCAUUUGGUACUAUAACAUCAGCAAAAGUUAUGAGAGAUGAAAAAGAACAAAGUAAAGGUUUUGGUUUUGUAUGUUUUGCAUCUCAAGAAGAAGCAAAUAAAGCAGUAACAGAAAUGCAUUUAAAAAUAAUUAAUGGAAAACCAUUAUAUGUAGGAUUGGCUGAAAAAAGAGAACAAAGAUUAUCAAGAUUACAACAAAGAUUCCGUAUGCAUCCAAUUAGACAUCAUAUGAAUAAUCCAUUAAAUACCCCAAUGCAAUAUGCAGCCCCUCAAUCACCACAAUUACAAUUUAGUCAAAAUACCUUAAGUUAUGGAAGACCAGUUAUAACUGCCUUUAAUCAAAAUAACUUAAUAUCAUGGAGACAUCAACAAGCUGCUCAACAACAAGCAGUACACCAACAAGCCGUACAUCAACAAGCAGCUCAACAACAAUUAAAUUUUAAUACAAACUUAAGAGGUCAAAUUAAUCAAAUGAGAUUAUAUACACAAAACAAUAUGAUGAAUAAUAAUUUAAAUCAGAACAAACCCAAUGCUCAAUUACAUCAUAAUCAACAAUAUGUACCAAAUGCUUUAGCUCAAAAUGGACAACAACAACCAAAUUUAAAUGCAGCUGGUCAACAUAAUGCUCAACAAUUACAACAACAAGGAAAUAAUCAAUUGUUAAAUAAUAACAUGCGUAAUAUGAAUAAUAGAGCUAAUCGUAAUAUGGGAAAUAUGGGUAAUAUGAAUAAUCAAAAACAAAUGCCAUUAAAUAUAAAUAACAAACAACAAAAUGCAGCAUCUCAAGCUAACCAAAUGAAUCAUCAAGCUCAAGCACAAGGAGCACAAGCACAACAAAAAAAUCCACAACAAAUGCAACAAGUUCCACAAGGAAAUAAUUUUAAAUUUACUGCACAAGCCAGAAAUCGUAUGGAGUUACCAAAUAAAAAUGCAAACAAAGUUAAUACAAUGAAUAAUAAUAUGAAUGUUAAUUUUAAUAAUAAUUCUACAUUAACAGCUGCAGCAUUAGCAUCUGCACCACCAUCUAUGCAAAAACAAGUCUUAGGAGAAAAUUUAUUUCCAUUAGUAGCUAAUUAUCAUCCAACCUUAGCUGGUAAAAUUACAGGAAUGAUGUUAGAAAUGGACAACUCAGAAUUACUCAUCUUGUUAGAAAAUGAAGAACAACUUAAAAAGAAAAUAGAUGAAGCACUAGUAGUCUUGCAAAAGGCAAAAUAA